AUGAGUACUGACCGGCAAAACGCAGGGGAAAAGCGCUUUCUCGGGACGAUCGAACCUACCCACGGCCACCAGCUCGUUUCUACGCCUAUGAUUCAGCAGGAGGUCGAGUGGCACAUGGUUCUAGAGUGGUUGAGAGAAUGCUUCCAUACUGAUGAGCACAAAGACUCCUGCCAGAGAAAGCCAGACGGCCCACAGAUAUCUGGGCUUCGGGUCAUUGACACCAAACGACGUCGUAUUACAAUUGCCCCUGCGAGAUGUCGAUAUGCGACUCUAAGCUAUGUUUUGGGAAACACGAGCAGCAGCUUGCAGGCAACGACGGUGAACAUAGCCCAUCUGACUAAGAGAGGCUCUUUAAGAAGCAGUAAACUGCCCCAAACUAUUGAUGACGCCAUUGUUGCUUGUAGAAAAAUGAAGAUAGACUAUCUUUGGGUUGAUCGCCUUUGCAUAUUGCAAGAUGAUAAUCCUGACAGAAAAGCUUACUGGCUCAACUCUAUGGGACAAAUCUACGCACAGUCAUAUAUAACUCUUAUCGCUUUGGCUGGAAAUGAUGCUGAACAUGGCCUUCCUGGAGUUAACAAGGUGAAGAGAAUGGACCCCUGGGCCGGGACAACACAAGGGAUAUUUCUUAGAGCCAGGCCCCCCUACUAUGACGAAUGUCUACUGGAUUCAAGAUGGGUCACUAGGGGCUGGACGUUCCAGGAGGCAGUGUUCGCAACCAGACGGCUUUCAUUUUCCGAUACAACGGUCUUUUGGGAUUGUUCCCACCCCCGGAUCAUCUAUGAUGAAAUUUAUGGUGCCCGCUACAGGGAAUUCUGGGAAAGGACUGCACUGAGAUCUUAUCGGAUGGCGGUGGAAGAGUUCACAAAAAGGGAACUAACAUGGGAGUGGGAUGUACUUCAUGCAUUCGCAGGCGUUCUACACACGAGAUGGGGUCCUGAGAGUUAUUAUGGCUUUCCCCUGAGUAACUUCAGUGAGGCAAUGCUCUGGACGGCAAUAGACAAGGUGCACCCCACACGGUAUGCAGCUCCUGGUGAUGCAUUUCCCACCUGGUCGUGGUCUUCUAUUAAAGGACCCAUCAACAUUGAGCUGUCAUACAAGGACUAUCCUAGGUUUGACAACAUGCGGUCCUCCACAGCAAUCUGGGCAAUUCCGUCAAGGUUGAGUGAACAGCCAGCUCUGCAGCUAAUCACAAAUGCUUCGAGGCAGCCAGAGGGGCUCGAGAAAACGGAUAAGAGAGAGUCGCUCAACGACAAAUAUUUGACUGAUCAAUGUCGACUUCUCAUUGCGAUAGCUUGGAAAUGUGGAUGUUUCUCGGGGUCUCUGCCGAAGGGUCUCAACACUACAAAUACAUGGGAAGAAUGCAACAAUAUUGUCCUUGAAAGAAGACCCCUUGCGCAGCUUAGUGAUGAAGCUCAUGGGAUGCCCUGGGGUAAAAUGUCCGAUCAAGAUUUGGAAGCAAGAUUUCCUCUAAUCAUGCGUCAAGAAUGUCCUCCUGGAUCCAUCUUCGUCUAUACCCAAUCACUCAAUCUCAACCCCUUUAAACUGAGCCUAAAGAAGCAUAGGUGGUGGAAGGAAGACAUACUUGUCAUUGCAGGUGCCAAUUUUGUGGCCCCAGUCAUCCCUGGAUCCAUCAACUUGGAGCGAAUCAAUCGUGUUCGCCAACGGAGCCCCAAUUCUCUAUUCAUGCUUAUCGCACUCUCUGUCACUACCUGUGAACGCACAGAAAUUGCUGGAAUGGAGAAAAAUAAUCAUGAGCAUUGGUAUGAUUCUGCAGGAAAAUCAUUAAGUUCUACAUUUCAAUGGCCUCUUGAAGUUGAGCUUAUGCUGGUUGCAACGGAAAAUGGCGUUAGUCGGCGUGUUGGACUGGCAACGGCCUAUCUGAGACACUGGGUUAACCAGAACCCCCGGUUUCGUACAUUUCACCUUGUAUAG